UUUCAGAAUGAUUCGAUAUCUGCAACUUGCUUUAAUACCGUGCUUUCUUGCGGUUCACGUCGUAGGAGACAGUAAUGAAGUUACCGUUCCAGCUGUGAGAGUUGUCCGUCUUCAAGUUGAUUACAGAAAUGCAUCUGUUUCAGAUUUGCAGAAGAUUCACAAGUGGAAUGCUAUCAUGCGAAAUAGUGUGCUUGCAUCCCUGAAGUUUAUCAACAAGCAUUGGCUUAUUUGUGGAGGAUCUCCAUCUGAUACACCAACUUCUUCAAACGCAGACUGUGGAAAAGCUCAAGUGACUGGAGAAAUUGUUGGAGAUAGACAUUAUAGAAUCAAUGUUACUUUGAUUGCUGAGAGAGAUCCAGUCAAAAACGCUAAAGUCGGAGCUACCUCAACGGUCUACGCAGUUGCUCAUAUUGGAUUAAAGGGAGGAAUCUUCCAAUACACGAAUGCCCUGAAGACUCUUGGAAAACCAGAACCAAAACUCGCAUUCGAUGAAGCAUUCUUCUGCUAUCGCGGAGCAACACUUGUAGAUACUGAUAAAUGCCGCCUAUGUACCCCUGGAACAAUGUAUGACGAAGUUGACGAGAAGUGUGUACCUUGUCCACGUGGAGAAUUUCAAGAUGAGCAUGGAAGAACAACUUGUAAGACAUGUCCAGAUAGUACGACUACAGUAGGUACAGGCACACAGAAAAAGGAACAAUGUGUUCAUGUUUGUCCUUCGGGAUACUUCUACGAUACUUCUUCGAAAAUGUGCGAGACUUGCGGUUUGAGAGGAUAUCAACCAAAAAGUGGUCAGGAUCGAUGCAUUCCAUGCCCAGAUGGAACUGUGCCAAUUUAUCAAAACUCAACAACAAUUGGACAUUGUCUAGACAAAUGCCGAGCUGGAAUGCAAAGAUCUUCUGAUGGUUCCACGUGUGAACCUUGCCCAAUUGGAUCGUUUAAAAGUGCGGAUGACAUGGUUUGUAUGAUGUGCCCAACUGGAAGAACUACUCUUUCAAAAGCUUCGAAAGCAUUGUCUGCAUGCCACAUUAAAAUCUGUUUCCCUGGGACAAUUCUUGACCACAGUACUUUCAAGUGUGAACCUUGUGAUUUUGGAACCUAUAUGGAUGAGUAUGAUGGAAGAAUCUGCAAAACUUGUCCGGUAUCCACAACAACUUAUCAGCAGGGCGCAAACACUGCAAAAAUGUGUGAAUGGACGAACCAGUGCAAAGCUUCUACUCAUAACUGUCAUUGGCUUGCUGCUUGUAUUGAUUUGCCCGAUGAGAAUCAUAAGAAAAUGUACUCAUGCAAGUGCAAGCCGGGAUUUGUUGGAAAUGGAUUCCAUUGUGUUGAUGCCUGUGAAGGAUUUUGUUUGAAUGGAGGUUCUUGCUUAAAAACUGGAAGAGGAGAAACGAAAUGCCUCUGUGCAAGUGGAUUUGCUGGAAAACGUUGUCAAGCCACAGAAUAAUACAUUUCAUUUUAUUGACAGUUUCAUUUAUGUUCAGUUUAACUCAGGAUUCUGUGUCAGGUUCCAAAAAAAAUCAGGUGUUUUAUGUAAAAUUUAUGUGACAAUAAAACUAAUUUUUCA